AUGUUCCAAAUACGAGCGCUUCAAGCAGCUCCAAUCCAUCCUCGACAACAACAUUACCUACAAAGGCUGCUUCGACUUGGACAAAUCAGAAGAAAUUGGUUUGUCAUCCGUAUUUGUCUUGCUGCUCAGUCGAUGAUCACAAAUGUGGCAGGUCUAGCCUCGUUCAAAGGACGUGUUGGUGAAUUACAAGAAAUCUUGAGGAAGGUUGCCAAUGAAACCAUUACAUACGAAGAUUUCGUAAAAUGGCAUGAUCUCAGCAUGAAAACAGCUAUACCUCCUAAACCUCAUAGCGAACAGAAGCCCGUGGUAAAUGGUGCAGUCAAGCCCAGCACUUCAACUUCUAGUCUGACUAAGUCGACCGCACAUGUAAAUAACACAGAAAAGGAAACACCAGCUGCACCAGUCGCUUUACCCACAAAAACUCCUACCACUACCUCAGCUGCUCCUGUAAAACGCACUACACUUGCUCAGGCUAUGGCCGCAUCCAGUGCACCCACACGUGCUCGACCGCUCACGCUCACAAGUGCACAGAUAGCGGAAAGAUUCGAAAGGGAUAAGCAAGACACUAUUCGCGGUUUGUUUGGAAACUUAUUUUACUUCAACUUAUGAAG